GACGAGAUUUCUCGAAUGCUCGGAAGGUUUAUAAAGCUGCACGGACUCCCUCCUUGCUCUUGUGAUAACGACACUGGUGGCAACGAUCUGCAUAGACUUCGCGCCGGAGUUUUACACGACGCCGAGAAGCCAAGAUGUCACACGACCAACCAAUGGAGGAGGAGGCGGAGACCUUUGCAUUCCAGGCUGAGAUUGCUCAGCUGAUGUCCCUCAUCAUCAAUACUUUCUAUUCCAACAAAGAGAUCUUCCUCAGGGAACUCAUCUCCAACUCUUCAGAUGCACUGGACAAAAUCCGCUAUGAAAGCCUCACUAAUCCAGACAAGCUGGAGUCUGGCAAGGACCUUAAAAUUGAAAUUAUUCCCAACAAAGAGGAGCGCACCCUCACCCUGAUCGACACGGGUAUCGGCAUGACCAAAGCAGAUCUGAUCAACAACUUGGGUACGAUCGCCAAGUCUGGCACCAAAGCUUUCAUGGAGGCUCUGCAGGCUGGAGCCGACAUUUCCAUGAUUGGCCAGUUUGGUGUGGGUUUCUACUCCGCCUACCUGGUGGCCGAGAAGGUCACAGUCGUCACCAAGCACAAUGACGACGAGCAGUACGCCUGGGAAUCGUCUGCCGGAGGCUCAUUCACAGUCAGAGUGGACAACUCUGAACCAAUGGGCCGCGGGACUAAGGUGAUCUUGCACCUGAAAGAAGACCAGGCAGAGUACCUUGAAGAGCGGAGAAUUAAAGAAAUUGUGAAGAAGCACUCUCAGUUCAUUGGCUACCCCAUCACACUUUUUGUGGAGAAAGAGAGAGACAAGGAGGUGAGUGACGACGAGGCCGAAGACGAGGAGAAGGAAAAGGAGAAAGACAAGGACGAAGAGGAGGAUAAGGACGACGACAAACCCGAGAUCGAGGAUGUGGGCUCAGACGAGGAGCAUGACCAUGAUAAGUCCUCCGACAAGAAGAAGAAGAAGAAGAAGAUCAAGGAGAAGUACAUCGACCAGGAGGAACUGAACAAGACCAAACCGCUCUGGACCCGCAACCCAGACGACAUCACCAAUGAAGAGUAUGGCGAGUUCUACAAGAGUCUUACCAACGACUGGGAGGACCAUCUGGCGGUCAAGCACUUUUCGGUAGAGGGUCAACUGGAAUUCCGCGCCCUGCUCUUUGUGCCUCGUCGGGCUCCUUUUGACCUGUUUGAGAACAAGAAGAAGAAGAACAACAUCAAGCUAUACGUACGCAGGGUCUUCAUCAUGGACAACUGUGAUGAACUCAUCCCCGAGUAUCUCAACUUCAUCAAGGGUGUGGUGGACUCUGAGGAUCUGCCGCUCAACAUUUCCAGAGAGAUGCUGCAGCAGAGCAAAAUCCUGAAGGUCAUCCGCAAGAAUCUGGUCAAGAAGUGCCUGGAGCUUUUCACAGAGCUGGCGGAGGACAAGGACAACUACAAGAAGUACUACGAGCAGUUCUCCAAGAACAUCAAGCUUGGAAUCCACGAGGACUCCCAGAAUAGGAAAAAGCUGUCUGAGCUGCUGCGCUACUACACCUCAGCCUCCGGAGAUGAGAUGGUUUCCCUGAAAGACUACGUCACACGCAUGAAGGACACACAGAAGCAUAUCUACUACAUCACUGGUGAAACUAAAGACCAGGUCGCCAACUCUGCCUUUGUGGAGCGACUCCGCAAAGCCGGCCUGGAGGUCAUCUACAUGAUCGAGCCCAUCGACGAGUACUGCGUCCAGCAGCUGAAGGAGUUUGAGGGCAAGAACCUGGUUUCCGUGACCAAAGAGGGCCUGGAGCUGCCGGAGGAUGAGGACGAAAAGAAGAAGCAGGAAGAGAAGAAGACCCAGUUUGAAAACCUCUGCAAGAUCAUGAAGGAUAUCUUGGAGAAGAAGGUGGAGAAGGUCACCGUUUCCAACCGCCUCGUCUCUUCGCCCUGCUGCAUCGUCACCAGCACUUACGGCUGGACGGCCAACAUGGAGAGGAUCAUGAAGGCGCAGGCCCUGAGAGACAACUCCACCAUGGGCUACAUGGCUGCUAAGAAGCACCUGGAGAUCAAUCCGGACCACCCCAUCGUGGAGACUCUGAGGCAGAAGGCAGAGGCCGACAAGAACGACAAAUCGGUGAAGGAUCUGGUCAUCCUGCUGUUCGAGACCGCCCUGCUGUCCUCGGGAUUCACCCUGGACGACCCCCAGACCCACUCCAACCGCAUCUACAGGAUGAUCAAACUGGGUCUCGGUAUUGACGAAGACGACAUGACAUCAGACGACACCACCUCCGCUCCCACAGACGACAUGCCCCCCCUCGAAGGGGGCGACGACGACACAUCCAGGAUGGAGGAAGUGGACUAAGUCUGCUUCUGUUCACUGCAAGCGUUCAAAAAGUAGUGUUGUACACAAAUUCCAGCUAAAUGUUGUAAAUGAGCCAGGAAUGUCCUUCCUUCACAAACACGUUCACUUUAUUUCCAUCUGCGCCGACCACAUGGAGAUCGGGUCCAUUCACCUUGGGAGUUUUAUUUUUCAAGAUGUCACUUUUUGUACUUUGAGUUGUAUUAAUGCAUUUGUUUUUGUAUUUAUUGACAUUCCGAAGUUUUAUGUGUACCUACUUCAACUGUAACUAAGAGAGAGAUGUUCAUACUGUUUAAAACUGAACCAGUAAAUAAAAGGUUAUCAGAUU